AUGGAGGGCGAGAGGGGCGUCUACAUCACUUCGUCGAAAUUCUAUGAUGAUGAUUACUACAAUGACCACCCGGAGGACUUCAAGGGACAUCAACCGCCCGCGUACGGUCAAUUCCAGCAGACGCACAGGACGCGAAAGAAACUCGUUCGGAAGCGCGAAUCAAAACUGAGCAAAUCGGACACGGAGAAAACACGUGUAGAGGCGCAGACUCAAGUCCCUGGCAUGCGAAGAGAUGCUUCCAAUUACAACCUCGUUGAACCUGAGGGAGAAUUCUUCGAUCCUGACUUUGACUUCGAUGGCGACGAUAAUCAGGAAGGCCACGAUGAACAUAUCGAUCAAAACCAGAGGACGUACGAGUUGGCGUGUAAGGGGCUUGGCAUCCUGCCGUCACGCAAUUUCAUCAAGGCCCUCAGGGCGCCCAGAAUGAACAUGGCCCACCAGGAAAUAGGAGCGAGAGCGAUGAGACCCUGUAUUAUAGCUCUAGUGCGGAACACUCAAGUGUUAGAUCUGGAUAUCUCCGGCAACAGCAUAGGACCGGAAGGUGCUCAACAGAUCGCCUCCUUACUCACGGAAAACAUGUUUAUUACAAACCUCAACUUGUCUGAUAACGGUCUCAAGUCAGAAGGUGCUAAAAUACUGACGGAUGUGCUGCGAGAGAAUCGCUUGGUGACCAACUUGAAACUGUCAGGGAAUGGCUUCGAGGAGGGGGAUGCAAACCAUUUUGCUAAAGUUAUCCAGGAAAACGCUUACAUAACGGAACUAGACCUCAGUCACAACGGCUUCAGAGAACAAGGAGGAAUCGUUUUAGCUGAAGCUUUACAAAAAAAUAAAUAUCUGGAAAAGCUAGACCUCAGUUGGAAUCAUUUGCGAUGGAAAGGUGCCAUAGCCAUGGCAAAGCUUCUAGCUGUGAACCAUACCAUAACGCAUCUCAACCUGGCCUGGAACGGCUUCGGGGCCGAGGGAUGCAAUCAUCUCGCCGACAACCUACCGAAGAACACCACUUUGCUGGAGUUGGACCUGACUUGUAAUCGCAUAGACAGGGCCUGCUUAAACACGUUGCUUCGAGGAAUUGGGAGGAACAAAUCGCUGAAUACACUAAAGAUGAGCAAGAAUCCCAUCACCGCAGAGGGCGCCACCGCAGUCGUAAAAACAAUAGAAGAGAACCCAAAUUGCCCAUUAGAAUUCAUCGAUAUUACGGGCCAGUGCGUAGAAUAUGCCUUCGCAGACAAAUUGUCUGCUCUUAAGGCGAAAAGAAAAUUCGACAUCAAGCAUGGUAUAGUCUUGGAGGAGAAGGAAGGGCGGAAAGACCAGGAUGACUUCACCAAUGAAGACCCCAUGAUGGUCUUGAUGGAGUUCAUGAGGCUACGGAAUCUGCGGCUGAUGGACCUAUUCGUUGCGCUGGACGCUGAUGGCAGUAAGAGUUUGGAGAGGGAGGAGUUUCGAGACGGUCUAAUGAAAAUCAAGGUUCCAAUGUCCACUAAAGCUCUGGACCGCUUGAUCAAUAAACUAGACGCUGACGGGGAUGGUGAAGUCGAUUACAAGGAACUAAUGGACGGCCAGAAGGAUCACAAGCGUCGCAUGGCGAAGAUGCAGCUGGAAGCAAAAGAAAAAGGUAUCGCGUACGAGGACACGGACAUGGGGAGACUCACCAAAAAGCUAAAGGCCAUUCUGGCGUUUUCUAAUACCAAGAAAGUUCAAAAUGUUGUGAAUGUAAGCAAGGCGGUUAGCAGACUAAAAGGAGGGCUACCUGCAACAACCGGUGAGGCAUAG